AUAAACAUGGAAAGGACUGACAUACGGAAAGUGUCCAGAUUUCUUUCGCAUCAUCUUGAUAACAUUACUGAAAUAGGUCCGGAGGAAGUGGUCAAAAUCAGACAAUCAAUUUAUUUUUUAACUUAUCUCACCGGAGGUCCCGAAGUCCGUAAAAAGAACAGCAGAAUGGUUACUGGUUCUAAAGGAGAAGGUUUCUGUUUUCGUAACUCCGACACUGACCAAAUGAUAACUAUACAGGAUGUUGCAAUUAUUCAGCAACAUGAUAGUAUACCAGAGGAAGACCAAACGAAAACUAUUCUUGUCACGGACUACACCAACUGUAGAUCUGGGUAUACCUUACUCAAACUUCAUCAAGUAGGAGAGAAUGCGGAACAAGAAUUAAUUGACGCUUUGAUAGAAGUGGACGGUUCUAGGUAUCUGUCUAGUGUCGUAUAUGUGAGUAAUUAUCUGUUGCCCGGAUGUUACCUACAUGGGCCUUGUUCAACUUUGCCUGAUGAUUACACGGGAGACUCCGAUCUUGCGUUUAGUUUCCACUGUCGUUCAUGGCCUGAUAGUCUCAGUAACUUCAGAUACCGCACCAAACAUUGUGUCUGGCCAUCCAGAAAAUUGGUCCUUGAUAUUAUUCGGAACGGCUGUCACCUUGUUGCCAUUGGUGACAAGCAUUCCAAUCUCUUUGCAAUGCAGUGGAGGAUCUCAUUUGUAGCCGCCGAAGUUUUUCUAGUGUUGUCCUUCAAUCAUGUGCAGCUGAAAACAUACGGUUUACUUAAAAUGUUUCUUAAAGAGUGCAUUGAACGUGAUCCAUUCAUUGAACAUUUGCUCUGUUCUUACUUUAUGAAGACAAUUGUGUUCCAUGCGAUAGAACAUUCCAGACCUUCUAUGUGGGUGGACGAAAAUCUUAUCCAGUGUUUUUGGUAUUGCUUUACAAUACUUAUGGAGUGUAUACAAACCGGAUAUCUACCUAACUACUUCAUUCUCUCUCACAACAUGUUUCUUUCUAACGUUACUGGAGACAACAGGAAAAGGCUAAUCCAGGUGCUGAGUAAAUAUCGACAUAUGGGAUGGAACUGCUUGUUUCUGUGUCCGAUACUCCGGUCCUUGCCACAAACUAUUUACAAUAGUCGUUCAGAUUAUCCGUCGGACUCGAAUCAAUCGGCUGUCUUAGCGGAAUGUAAUGGAGACUUACUGAUUGCUGUACAGUAUGGCACUGUAGGAUUCUACGAUGUCGCGUCUCUGUUGAUAUUGGCACAAACGGCGUUUUUAGAUAUUCAAGAUGACAUAAUAACUGACAGCAUUUUGCUUUACCUUAUGAGUGCCAUUACAAAUAAUUCCAGAAACGGCAUCACAGACCACAUUCAGAACUAUGUUGUCGGGAGCAACAAAUCUGUCUAUAGCCAGACCAGAAGAUACAAACGCCUACUUCACGUGUCGUCAGCUACAGACGUCUGUAGUGGAUACUUAUCGCUGGCCACAUUUUACUACAAUGUUGGUUGUUAUGAUAAGGCCUACGAAGUAGCCAGACACGUGGUUUUCGCCUGUCAGCAACGCACGGUGAUACAGUUAAAUCCACAAGCCAAUUUUCAUGCAUAUUGUAAGGAAAUGUGUGGUAAAGGAUACACAACAUUACAGAAAGCGAAACGUUCUUUUCUGACAUUAUAUUCAAUGCAUAAAAGGUACAAUAGACUGUAUCCAGCAGAACUAGACUUGGAGAUUGAAGCAGAUAAAACCUUUAUCACACUUCCACCACUGCCUUAUGCCAUCUUCCUCCUUGUGUUGUCUACCUACAGACAAGGUAAAACUGAUCAGUCCCGGAUCAUCCUAGAUGAUCUCCUGGCUGCACGGACAAAUCCAAACUGCAGAAUAUCUAUAUAUCCCACUAUACACAACCUGGUCGGGAUAUGUCACCAACUGCUGGGGGACACAAGACAGGCAAUCAAGGCGUUUGAAGACUCGUGUCGACAAAAUCCUGAUAAUUCUGCAGCUGCCAAUAGGAUUGCCAUCCUACGGAAGACGAGAAAAGAAGCGUUGGUGGAUGAAGAGGAUGUCCAGUUGGAUUAUUACAAUGUCCCAUCUCAACACCAGAGCAAUGACAGAGAUAUGUCAUAUACUUAUAAAACGAUGUACAACACUGAUCCAGACAGUUUUGUAAAUUGUUCCUGA